GGCCUGUCCUGAGGGUUACACCUGUCUGAGGGCGGGGAAAAACCCAAACUACGGCUACACCAGCUACGAUUCGUUUGGUUGGUCUCUGCUGAACAUGGUCCGACUGAUGACCCAGGACUUCUGGGAAAACCUGAUGCAGCUGACGCUCCGAUCAUCAGGUUCCCAUUUCCUGGUCUUCUUCAUGGGUAUUGUCUUCCCAGGCUGCUUCUGCGUCCUCAGCCUCAUCAUGGUGAUGGUUGCCAUGGCCGCUGGUGAGCGGGAGGACGCCGGUGUCGUUGAAGCCAGAGAGGGAGAAGAUUUGUUCACUAAGAUCGUGGAGGUGCUGAAGAGGAGGGAGGAAGAGGAGAAGGCAGCCUGCAGG